UAGUUGCCAAUUGCUUAGCAAUUCGUUAAUACGCUUUCAAUUUAUUUAAUGUUAACGCCGCAAACAUAUACACCGUUUUAAACAUCAACGACUUUAAAUAAUUAGAAAUUUAACAAAAACUUAAAUGGAGAUGGCAAAAAAUAAGAAAUAUUCCCGGUCUCUGCCAGAAUCAGACGGAGAUGAUAUAGUAAUUUCUGGAAUGGCCGGAAAAUUUCCAAACUGUAGCAACAUAUCGGAAUACGAGUUUAAACUAUAUAACAAGAUAGAUAUGGUUGACGAUGAUGAGCGCAGAUGGCGUCAUUUUAACCCGGAAAUACCAAAACGAUCUGGAAAAAUUAGUGAGCUUGAAAAAUUUGAUGCAACAUUUUUUGGAGUUCAUUUUAAGCAAGCUCAUACAAUGGAUCCCCAAACUCGAAUUUUGAUUGAGACUGCAUAUGAAGCGGUCAUAGAUUCCGGAAUAAACCCAAAAAGUCUUCGGGGAUCAAAAACUGGAGUGUACAUUGGAUCUUGUAUUUCUGAAUCAGAAAAAACAUGGUUUUAUGAAAAAGUUUCAUCUGGUGGAUUUGGAAUAACUGGCUGCAGUCGGGCUAUGAUGGCUAAUAGAAUAUCUUACUGUUUAGGACUCGAGGGACCUUCUUUUCUAUUAGAUACUGCAUGUUCAAGUUCAAUGUACGCGUUGGAUAAUGCCUUUAGUGCACUUCGAAAUGGAGAAAUAGAUGCAGCAAUAAUUGGUGGCUCCAACUUACUUCUUCAUCCAUUUGUGACUCUUCAAUUUGCUCGACUCGGCGUACUUGCUCCAGAUGGGUUUUGUCGUCCAUUCGAUAAAAAUGCAAGUGGCUAUACCAGAUCUGAAACUAUCAAUUGCCUAUUUUUGCAACGAAAACGGGAUGCAAAGCGUGUGUAUGCUAGUGUUGUGUAUUCAAAAACUAAUUGUGAUGGAUAUAAGCCAGAGGGUAUAACGUAUCCAUCUGGGGUAGUCCAAGAAAAGUUGUUGGAAAAUUUCUAUAAAGAGAUCGAACUUACCCCCUCAGAUUUGGGCUAUUUAGAGGCUCACAGUACUGGAACUGUAGUUGGUGAUCCAGAAGAAUGCAAAGCAAUAGACAAUGUAAUUUGUAGCCAAAGACGCGAGCCUUUAUUAAUUGGAUCUGUUAAAUCAAAUAUUGGACAUUCCGAAGCUGCAUCAGGAAUAUGCUCACUUGUUAAAGCUUGCUUUGCAUUUGAAACUGGCAUGAUUGCACCGAAUAUAAAUUUUGCAGAAGUAAAACCAAUUAUUGCACCUCUAGCAGAAGGAAGAUUGCUUGUUGUUAAAGAUAAAACGCCUCUACCAAAGCCAUACAUCGGUAUAAAUUCUUUUGGAUUUGGAGGUGCAAAUGCACAUGCACUUCUGAAAGGUUUUACCAAAUCAAAGACAAAUUUUGGGAUUCCUGAGGAUGAUGUACCUCGACUUCUUACAUGGGCCGGUAGGACAGAAGAUGCAGUGCAUGAAAUUUUUAGCGACAUAGAAAAAAGACCCCUAGAUGCAGAAUUUAUCGGACUACUUCAAAAUAUUCAAGAGGAAGAUGUGGCUGGAAUGGUUUUUCGAGGAUUUUCUGUGUUUGUCAAACAAGGAAAGGAGCCCGCCAAAGCCCUAGUGAGAGAUGUUCAACAUUACACUGGCCUUCAAAGACCUAUCGUGUGGGUUUAUAGCGGAAUGGGUUCCCAAUGGACCCAAAUGGGAAAAUCGCUUAUGAUAAUACCACGAUUUCGGGAAUCAAUUGAAAUAUGUCAUGAAACAUUAUUAUCAAAGAAUAUAAAUCUUAUAGAAAUAUUAACUUCCGAUAACCCAGAAAUAUAUCAGAACAUUUUGCAUUCAUUUGUGGGAAUUGCGGCGGUACAAAUCGGAUUAACUGAUGUUCUACGGUCUUUGCAAUUGGAACCAGAUUUUAUUAUUGGCCAUUCCGUUGGAGAAUUAGGCUGCGCCUAUGCUGACGGAGGGUUGACUCCUCAACAAAUGAUUUUAGCUGCUUACUAUCGUGGCAGAGUAAGUGUAGACAUGGAGAAAAUAAAAGGAUCCAUGGCUGCCGUUGGUAUUGGUUACAAGACUAUUUUACAUAUGCUGCCUGAAUCUAUUGAAGUGGCUUGUCACAACAGUCCAGAUUCUUGUACAAUUUCGGGGCCAAUUGAUGAUGUGAGCAACUUUGUGGCAGAUCUUAAAGCAAAGGGUAUUUUUGCAAAAGAAGUUCCAUGUUCAAAUAUUGCUUAUCAUUCUAAGUACAUAGCAAAAAUGGGCCCUCCGUUACUUCAAUAUAUGAAAGAAAUUAUUCCAAAUCCGAAGAAAAGAAGCUCAAAGUGGCUAAGUACGAGUGUACCGAAAUUAGAAUGGGAGCAUCCUACAAGAAAACUGUGCUCGGCAGAAUAUCAUACUAACAACUUGUUGAACAGUGUUCUUUUUGAGGAAACAUUUUCUUUGCUACCCGAAAAUUCGAUGACUAUUGAAGUAGCACCUCAUGGACUAUUAGGUGCUAUUUUAAAGCGAUCAAUGGCAAAUGGAGUUCACAUUCCACUUACUAAUCGGGGAAAUAAAAACAAUGCCUUGUUUUUCAUGUCAGCGUUGGGCAAAAUAUAUCAAAAUGGAGUCUUAGUACCGGUUGCGAAAUUAUAUAGCCCCAUUGAUUUCCCGGUUUCUCGAAACACACCCAAAAUUAGCUCCCUUAUUCGCUGGGAUCACAGUGAAGAUUGGUUUGUGACCAAAUACGAAAAUAUGAAAACAAAGUCUAGUGGAGAACGCGUAUUUACUGUUAAUUUAGCUAGUGAUAAUGAAGAGUUUAUGAGUGGUCAUGUUAUAGAUGGAAAAAUAUUGGUGCCAGCUACCUGUUAUCUUCAAUAUGUUUGGGAAACAUUUUCAUUAAUGUAUCAUGGCCCUAGUUACAUGGAUGUUCCGGUUGAAUUUGAAGAUGUACGCUUUGUAAGAGCUACAAAUAUGCCAACUAGCGGAGAAGUAGAAUUAAACGUAAUGAUUCACUAUGGCACUGGCCGUUUUGAAAUAACCGAAGCAGGAAGCUUAGUUGUCACUGGAAAUAUUCGAGAGAUAUAUAAUCCUACAAUUCCCGAAGUUUAUCAUUUCCAAAAAGAAUCAAAUUUUCCAAUGAUUUCGAAAAAGGACUUUUAUAAAGAACUAAGAUUGCGCGGAUAUCAUUACAAUGGAGCAUUCAAAGAAGUUUUUAGUGCUCGUUCAGAUGGACUUUUUGGCCAGGUUGAAUGGCAUUACAAUUGGGUUACCUUCAUGGAUGCUAUGCUUCAAAUUCAAAUACUUGGAACAGAUUCACGAACUCUUUUACUGCCAACAAAAAUUAGAAAGCUUAGAAUAAAUGGUGUGCAUCAUUUUGAUUUAAUGACUAAGAUGGAUCCAGAUAACAGAAUUUUUGAUGUGUACGUCGAUCAAAAGUAUGACCGCAUAAUAGCGGGUGGCAUCGAACUUAUUGGACUACAUGCCAGUCCUGUUCAAAGACGAAGGCCCCCCGGGAUUCCCGUUCUUGAAAAAUAUUUAUUUAUACCGUAUGCUUCAUCAGCCCUUUCUAUUGAAAAUGCCACGAGGGUUUGCGUUCAACUUGCUCUUGAGAAUAAUCCAACAUUGAAAAUGAAGAUUGUCGAAGUGGAUACAAAUGGGAAAAAAUCUCUGAUAAAUACUUUUGUAGAAUCUAUUGAAGAUUUACCAGUCAUUACUGGGGAAUAUAUGUUGUUGACUUCACAAAACAUAGAUGAAAUUCCAGGUGUGCACAUUGAAAAUGGAAGGCUUUGUACUCAAUCAAAUUGUCACUUUGUUAUAUGCAGUGGUUUUGAAGGGGAUAAUAAUAGAGAUGUAAUUGAAACUUCUAAAAAAGCAUUAGUUGAUAAUGGCUACUUACUUGUCAGAGAAACCUCUCUGUUUAAUAUGGACACAACAGAAAUAUCAGAUCAGUUCCGACAAAUUACAAUUAUACCAAUUGAUGAAAAUGAUGAAACUUUUGUUUUACUUCAAAAAGUGCCACAAAAAUUACAAAUUCAGCCAAUACUUGUAGAAGUAUCUGAAAAUGAUAAAGCAUUUGAAUGGAUUUCCCAUAUACAGACUGCGCUUACCACAAAAACGCCAGUAAUUGUUUAUUCGUUUAAUGAAAUAUUUAGCGGAGUGUUAGGGUUUGUAAACUGUUUACGAAAAGAACCUGAUGGCAAUUUAGUUCGAUGUGUGUUUAUUAAUGACAUUAAUGCUCCUGCAUUUGAUUUGUCACAUCCUUUAUAUGCGACACAGCUUUCAUUAGGAAUGGCGUUCAAUGUUUUUCACAAUGGUCGUUGGGGCAGCUAUCGACAUCUAUUGUUGCCCAAAUGUGAUAAACGUAUCUCUAGAUUGGAUCAUAUCUAUGGAAACGUCAUUCAACGUGGGGACCUAUCCACUUUACAAUGGCUUGAGGGUCCGCUUAAUCCACAAAACUGCAUUAUUAAAAUUGCAUAUUCUUCGUUAAAUUUUAGAGAUGUUAUGCUUGCUACGGGUCGCUUAGCCGUUGAGUUAUACGGAUCUAGCCGAAUAGAUCAAAACUGUGUUUUAGGAUUUGAGUACUCUGGCAUUAAUAUGGUAACAGGACGUCGAAUAAUGAGCAUGGUCGUUAAAGGAGGAGUAGCUUCAUAUGUGGAAAAGCCUUCAAAACUUAUGUGGGAUAUUCCUAGCCAUUGGUCAUUAAAAGAAGCAGCCACCGUGCCAGUAGUUUAUGUAACUGUCUAUUACGCUUUCUUUAUGAUUGGCGACAUUAGGAAAGCAAAAACAAUACUCAUACAUGCUGGAUCUGGCGGCAUUGGGCUAGCGGCUAUUCGAGUAGCAUUAGCUUAUAACUUGGAAGUUUUUACAACAUGCAGCACACAAAAAAAAAAAAAAUUUUUGUUGGAUACCUUUCCGAAACUUAAAGAGAGUAACAUUGGAAAUUCUCGAGACACAUCGUUUGAAUUUAUGAUUCAUCGUGAGACUGACGGAAAAGGUGUUGAUUAUGUGUUGAAUUCCUUAUCAGAAGAUAAGCUUCUUGCUUCAGUACGUUGUCUGGGAAAGUCCGGCCACUUUUUAGAAAUUGGUAAAUUCGACAUGGCUAAUGACAGCAAGCUUGGAAUGGGCUGCUUUCUAAAAGAAAUAACUUUCCAUGCGGUGCUUGCAGAUAAUCUUUUAACAGCAUCCGAUCAGGACAUUUGGCACUUAAAAAAUAUGAUUGAUUCUGAUAUUUCUCAGGGAAUUAUUGUACCAUUACCAGUUACGGUAUUUCCGGCUCAUGAAAUUGAACAAGCUUUUAGACAUCUCAUCGGAGGUAAACACAUAGGAAAAGUUGUGAUACAAGUUCGUGAAGAUCCGGAAGAUGCUGCAACGCUCCCCGUUUGCGCUAUAAAUCAAAUUUACUUUAAGCCGAGCUUAUCCUAUAUCAUACCAGGAGGCCUAGGCGGCUUCGGCAUGGAAUUAGCUGAUUGGAUGGCAAUCCGUGGGGCCCGUAAAAUUGUUCUUAGUUCCAGUCGAGGAAUAACGAAAGAUUACCAAUCUUACAGAAUUGCGCUUUGGAAUACAUAUGGCUGUGAAGUCCUCAUUAGCACAGAUGAUAUAACUACAAAAGAGGGAUGCCAGCAACUGCUUUCUAGAGCAGCAAAUUUGGGUCCAGUGGGUGGAAUCUUUAACCUUGCAGUUACAUUACGCGAUGGAAUUUUUUCUAAUCAAAGUGCAAAACAAUUUCUUGAUUGCUUUUCUCCUAAAGCUAUAGCAACGAAAUAUCUCGAUGAGCUAUCCCGAGUUUCCUGCCCAGACUUAGAAUAUUUCACCAUAUUUUCAAGCGUUUCAUGUGGUCGAGGAAAUGCUGGCCAAACAAACUAUGGAAUGGCUAACUCUAUAAUGGAGCGUAUAAUCGAACGCCGCCACAAGGACGGAUUACCUGCUAAAGGAAUUCAAUGGGGUGCUGUUGGAGAAGUGGGGUUAGUGGCUGAUAUGGCUGAUGAUAAAAUAGACAUGGAGAUUGGAGGUACGCUUCAGCAAAGAAUUUCAUCCUGCCUUCAAGAACUGGACCGUUUAUUGAGUUCCGAAGAUCCAAUAGUUUCAAGCAUGGUAGUGGCCGAAAAAAGAUCUGGACGUUCUGGCAAUGAAAAUAUUAUUGAUGCUGUUAUGAAUAUCAUGGGCAUCAGAGACUUAAAAUCCGUCUCUUUAGGAACUACAUUAUCAGAAAUGGGUAUGGACUCAUUAAUGGCAGUUGAAAUCAAACAAACUUUAGAACGAGACUUUGAAUUGAUUUUGACACCACAAGAUUUACGUUUGCUCACUUUCCAAAAGCUUCAGGAGUUUGUUGAUGCAAAGAAGAAGGAAAAUACUGAUGGACUUCCAAUGAUUUUUGCAUCUGAAAGCAAGCUUUUAGGAAUGGAUUUACUUAUUCGAAACUUAGGGGAUGAAGCGCACUGUGAUAAAAUUGUGGUUCCCUUAGCUACUCGUGCGACGCUGUCAAAACAAAGUCUUCCUCCCAAUAUUAUUAUACCUGGAUUAGAAGGUACAGCUGGACGAGCAUGGUAUCAAUUAGGGUCUGCUUUACACAGUCGUGCCAUCGUCUUACAACUACAUCAAUUUUCAAACUUACUAACCGUAAACGAUAUAUCCGAAAAGAGUAUUGAACAUAUCAAACAAAUUUUAAUGCCAACAGAACCAUAUUACAUAAUUGGGUAUUCAUAUGGAACACUUGUGGCUUUAAAAAUAGCGCAGUUGCUUGAAACGGCUGGAUUCCGAGGUCAUAUUACGUUGCUGGAUGGAGCCCCUCACUUUCUAAAACGUCUUACAAAUUUGCACUUAGGAGAACAUUUUUCAGAAAACGAUGUUUAUAAUUUGCUUUUUUCUAGUAUUGUCAAUCAAAUAUUUCCCGAUGAAACAAAAGAAUCAGCAGCUCAAAUUUUUCAAAAAAUUGACAAUAUUGAUGAUAAAAUGGCUUUGUUCAUGGAGUAUGUGGAGAAGCAAAAUGUUUAUACCAAAGAGUACUCCAAAACAAUGGUAACAGCUAUGUUUAAUAGAGUUAAAAUGACUUCAAAUUUAGAUUUGGAAAGUUUUGGAAACCUUAAAGCAGAUAUUACCUUAGUCCGUCCAGCAGAAGUCUCCUUACAAGAUGUUGAAGAAGACUAUUGUGUUUCCCUAUUGACGUCUGGUAAAGUCACUCUGAAAGUAAUUGAAGGAAAUCAUACAACGAUGUUAGAUAAUCCAAUUUUAAGCCAAAUAAUAAAUGAUUUUGACCCUUCUCUUCUAGAUGAUAAAAAUUUUGAAGAGUAUAUUCGAAAUGAUAAACCAGUUUCUGUAGUUUAGAUAUACAUAUUUAAACAAUAAUUUAUAUCAAUUAAAUUUCAAAAUAGCUUUGUUUUUUUAAUAUUCAAUAAAUAAAAUAUAUAUAUUUGUUAUAAAAAUGUAUUUAUAUAAAAUAGUGAAUCAUUCUUUAAUUUUUUGCUAACAUAUUUUUUGCACAAUCCCUUCUUAAAAUUGUUUCAUAUUCCUAAAAAUGAAAUCCAUCUUUUAAUAAAAGCACACCCAUU